AUGGCCGAGGCGUUGUUGAAAGCUCAGAAGUACAUGAACGCGGAAGAAGCCCUGGCAACUAUUGACGGAGCAGAUAAGAAUAGGGAAAAGAAGAAAGAAAAGGAGGACGAUCGAAGAGGGCUAAAACGGGAUCGGGUUGACAGACGAAAUGACGAUGGAAAUCGAAGGAGGGAGGACAAAAACCCUCGUCCUUCAAAAUUCACCCCGCUGGUGAUGCCAGUCGAUCAAAUUCUAACGGAAAUAAGGGACGACCCGUCCCUAAAGUGGCCAAAACCACUCCAUUCAGCACCUGGAUUGCGCGAUAAGAGGAAAUACUGCCGUUUCCACAAGGAUCACGGGUACGGACAGAGAAGCCAGCCAGUUAAUACACGGAGGGAUGAAGAUCGCCCCCAACCUCGUCCACAAAGCGCACUGGGGGAAAUAAAGACUAUUGCUGGGGGACCGACCACCGGGGGAUCAUUUAAGUCUCUCAGGAAAUCAUACCAAAGACAAGUAAACAGCGUCCACAGCAUACCUCCAUCAAAGCAAAGACGCACCAGUGAGGACUUGCAUUUCUCUGAGGAAGAUGCCAGAUGUGUGAAGCAAGCCCAUGAUGACCCACUCGUCAUUAUGAUCAUGAUCGAGGGGUUCAACACGCGAAGAGUCCUGGUCGACAGCGGAAGCUCAGCAGACAUAAUCUAUCUUCCUGCUUUCCAACAACUGAAGCUCGACCCAAAAAGGCUCCGUCCUUUUGAGUCUCCCCUCGUCAGUUUCAGCGGAGACAAAGUAUACCCCAGAGGAAUCGUGGCGUUGACAGUAACUGCCGGGUCAUUUCCCCUGCAGGUAACCAACCAGCACAAUUUUCUAAUAGUAGACUCACCCUCGUCCUACAACGUGAUCAUAGGGAGACCAAUGCUUAAUCGUUAG